AAAGACACUCGAGUGCCCUACAAAAGAACAUCGUGGACCAAUUCCAGCCAAACGCCUCGUGCCACGCCCACGAGCAAGGCCCAGCGCACCUGUCUUUCAACGAUUUCGCCAUACUUCCGGAGCAACAGGCGGAUGACGUCAGGCGGAUAGAGCAGGCCCAGAAGAUACAUUGGUCCCAGCAGCACCAGAAGUCCCAGGAGGCCAAGUACCGGCGCUUCCAGCAGGAGUAUCAGGAGAAGUUUGGCAAAUCUUUCCAGGCCCAUGGGUCACGUUGUGGGAGUGAUGAGCUACCCUCCUGCCGCCCCGUGUGUCAGACUGGCCAGCUACAGGUUCUGGAGACGAGGCCACCCAGGGAUAUCCUACAGCCCAGACCCAUCAUGCUCAAGUCUUCUCACUGGAAAGGCGUUCGGGUCCCGUCCUGCAGGCCGGAGUUCGAACCCAUUUACCCGUCUGAUGUGGACCUGGAUCUCCUGAGUGCCUCCCACAACCCAUUCCAGUACUUCAACAGGACCCGCAAGUUCCCGGAGCAGGCUAACAGACCAGCGUCUCUCCCAGUGCUACCAAAGGAUCUUGACCGCCAAUGUCCGGAGCAGAUUGGAACCUUCGAAAGCACGACUGAUUCCAGGAUGCCGGAUCACCGGAUCGCGCAGCGGCGGCACCCAGCGUAUAACGAAAUCACCCGAAUCUGGUAGAAUUUGGAUAACUUGAUAACUAAACGGUAUAGCCGAGCCUUGGUAAUGACAACAAAAAAAA